AUGGUGACAACCACUAUCGACCGCAACCCCCUAGAUCCCAACUUCGCCGAGCGCCGCAGCUCCCUCACCAAUAUGGAUCAAUCAAACCCGCCAUCCAGAGGCAAGGGUGUGGAUGGCAUCGCGGACAGAGACGUUGCCCCAUCUCCCCAUGCAAUGUGCUCGGAGCUUGCACACCAACACGCCAUCGAAGGUCUGCAUCAGAAUACAGAGCAUUGGACUCAGAAGGAGGUUGAUCACCGCGAUUUUCUUGCUGAUCUCAGCUCCGACCGUGGGCUUCAGGCUCAUCCUGAGGAAAUCGGGGAGUAA